AUGAGACUGAGCCCGAUUAUCCUGUCGUGGGCCACGGCGAGUUGCCUCGGUCCAACCGGAACUACGGCGAUACGAGCUGAAGCCUCGAGGGAUUACGAACUGUCGACGGAAUUCUUCGUGGUACCUAGCGACGUAGCGAUGGACAGGAACGGUCUGGCAAGCGUGGCCAGUGUCAUCAGCGUUCCAGCGCCGAACAGGACGAUUUCGGUGUUGAGAAUGCCAGCUGGGAAGAAGAAGAGCCAGGAGAUCGAGACCGAUGGCCGGCCGUACUCGAGAUCCUUGCUCAGACAACGACCCUGGGCUCUUCCUCUGGCGGCCCUCAGCGCAGCCACGAUGCUCCUCAUGGCUGGCUUCGAGGUUUUCGUACUGCUCAAGGUCGGUUCGUUUACCUUUGCCAGCCAACCAACCACCUUCUUUUCAAACCGAUCUCGCCAAGCGAUCAGUGCGCUUCAAAUCGCAGAAACGAUUCGUUUUCGCCGGUUGCGAAAAUGCAACAAACAUUGCGUGUGUGUCCAAUUCGUCCCCCGAUAUAAAUACAUUUGAAUUAUUAAUUCGAGAAGGAAAAAGCCAACAAGCAACAGGUCAAAGUAUAA